AUGCGCGGCGCGCUCGCGGCGCUCGUCGGCGCGCUCGCGGCGUCGCGCAUCGCGCGCGCUUCGUCGCAGGGUGUUGAGACACCGCCGCUGAACGCGCACGUGAGCGCGCGCGCGCGCGUCGCGAGCGCGGGAAUGGACCCGAACAUCGAGGCGACGGCGGCGGCGUGGUUCGCGAAUCUCGGGUUCCGCGUCCUCGAGGGCGCGACGGCGACGACGCGGGGCGCGUGGGGAGGGACGGCGCGCGAGAGCGACGCGCGGUUCGCGACGUCGUAUUGCCUGGACGCGAGCACGAACACGAGCGCGCUGGAGGAUUACGAUUUCGUCGGGUGGUUGCCGGUGUCGAACGCGAUCGAGGACGUCAUGAGCGAUCGCGUCGACUUUAAGGUGGUGCUGUUCGAAACGAUGGCGACGGAGUGGUGGGAGCACGCGAGGACGCGAGCGGAGAGCGCGAAGGCGCUGGGAGACGCGUGCGGAUGCGGCGCGGGGGCGACGCGGUCGACGGCGUCGACGUGUGGGAACGAGGAUUAUCAUUAUUGCGAUAUUUAUCCGUGCGUGUGGGAGCGCGCGUUCGGGAGCGCGACGCCGGACGAGGAGACGUGGAAGACCAAGUACAUCGAGCGCGUGCGCGAGAUCAAAUCCGCCGCGCCGCCGGGGCGUUUAUUGACGAUACCGAUGACCGCCGCCCCGGUCGGGCACGCCACCGCGGUGAAGAUAUCGAAACUCAUAGCGCAGUUCCUCGAGAUCACGGACGAUCUCGACGCCUUCGGCGAGGCGUACCCGUUCCUUCGUCGCGAUUUGAACGGCGUCGCGCUCAGCAACGUCUCCAUCGCGUGGGUCGCGUUCGUCGUCGUCGCCAGCGCGUACAUCGGUUUCUUCGCCAACAAGAGCGAUCCGGCGAGGCGAUUCCACGCUCGCGCGUCGACGCGCGCGACCAAACCAAACUCAACUUCCGAAGCGCCGCACACGUCGACGAUGCCCGACGACGGCGCGCGCGCGGCGGACCACGCGCGAGGGCAGCGAAAGCUCGAUGAGUUUCGACGACACAAAGCCGAGGCCAAGGCGCGGUCGAGCGAGGACGCGCGCGCGACGCGCGACGACGAGAAGGCUGCGCCGAGCGAGGCUGCGGAGAAAAAACACGACGACGUCGCCGUCGUCAAGCAAAAGCUCGUCAAGGCGGUGAAAAAGGGGAAAGCGAUCGAGGCGGAGCGAGACGCGGCGCGCGCGCGCGCGGAGGCGGCGGAGGAGGCGCGGGAUGCGCUGAUGAAGGAGUUGGAGGUGGUCAAGGCGGAGACGGGGGAACGAGCGGCGGCGCGAGAGGAAGCGGAAGUCAUGCGAGAGCAGUUGAAACGAAACGCGGAGGCGUUGGCGUACGCGAAUGAUGAAUCACGCGAGGCGGCGGAUGCGGCGCGCGCGGUCGCGAAGAAAAUGGAGGAAGAGCUAGAGACGUUGCGCGCGGCGCUGCGGGAGGCGACGGCGGGCGCGGAGAAGGCGUCGCGAGGCGAGGAAGAAAUCUCAAAGCUUCGAGAAGCGCUGCGAGAGGCGAGCGAAGGCAAAGCGUCGGCGGAAAAGCAAGCCGAGUCGUUCAAGCGCGCGGCGGAACAGACGACGAGUGGGGCGGAAUCUAGGGUGUUGGAAUUGAACGCCGAACUCGACGCCAAGUCGACGAAAUUAUCCAGUCUCGAGGCGGAACUUCUGGCGCUGUCGAGCGCGGCCGAAGACGAAAAGUCUGCGUUGGCGGCUGAAAAUAUUCGGCUGGCGAGUAAAUUAGAUGAGGGCCGGUUGGCGCUCGAAGAGGUGGAAAAGGAGAAGGAGAUGUAUCUCGCGGAAUGCGAAAGAGUGUUGCAGCAAAACGAACAACACGAGCGAAUGGCGGAAGAGUUGAAGCAACGAUUGAGGGAGUCCGAGAUGAAAGCAGAGGCACACGCCGAUGAGAUGAGUUCACUCAAGACAUCCCAGGACGCGAACAAAGCCGUCGCCGAGGCAGAAAAACGCAUCGCCGAAGCGCAAUCGCAAUUGGCGAUGGUACAAGAUGACGCGAGCCACAUGCAAGCGGCGGCGGAAUCGCAGGCGAAGGAACUCCGUACGAAGAUCCAAAGUCUGGAAGCGCAAAUCCAAAGUUUGGAAGUGGCGUUGCAAGCGCAACGAGCGACGCCGACGCCACCGAGCGCUACCGACGAAUCCAUCGGACUACGCCAAGAGUUAGAUUCGGCGAAUCAACAAAUUAAGCAGCUUCAGAGUUUGCUCUCGGACGCUCGCGCAAGCCAAGCCGCCUCGAGUUCCUUCACGAACAAAAAGAACGAAGACUUCGCGGACACAGAUAUCGAGGGCGCAGUUCUCACGGGCGGCUCAUACGCAUUCGUCCCGCUUCAAAAUCAGAUGAAGUCGUUGACAAACGCGCCGAUGCUCCACCACCCGAUUGCGCUGGAAGUUGCGAGUAACUUUGACAGAGCAUCUGUGUACUUGCAACGACGACCGUUCGUCCGUCUUGCGCUUUCCGUGUACGUCUUCAUUCUGCACUUGAUCAUUUUGUUUUAA